AUGAGGAAACGAUUUGUUCCAAGCCAUUACCACAAGGAUGUUCAUCUGAAACUAAGGAGGCUCACUCAAGGAACUAAGAGCGUGGAGGAUUACUACCAAGAGAUGGAGACUCUCAUGAUCAAAGCUUCUGUUGUUGAGGAUUCUAAUAAGAGAAAGAACAGCUCCAAGGGUUCAUACGGCAACAACUACAGGACAACCAAGGAUGAGAAAAGCCUAGCUAAACCCAAGGAAGAACACAAAGCCUAUCAGCGGAAGCAUCCUAGACCUUAUCCACUUCAAUGGCUCAAUGAGGGAGGCGAGCUGAAGGUCACUGAGCAAGUUAUGGUUCCUAUAACCAUUGGGAGGUACCAAGAUGAGAUAGUGUGUGAUGUACUACCCAUGGAUUCCAGUCAUAUCCUCUUAGGCAGGCCUUGGCAGUAUGACAAGAAAGCUAUCCAUGAUGGGUUUACAAAUCGCCACUCCUUCACUCACAGGGAUAAAAAGAUUGUGCUUGCACCUUUGUCACCUCAAGAAGUUCAUGAAGAUCAGCUACAACUAAGGCUCAGGCGACAAGAAGCCAAGGAGAACUCAUCUGAAUCAAAGAAAGGAACAAACCCUUUGGCCAAAAACAGUGAGAUCAGGAAAGCUUUGAUUCUCCAACAACCUUUGCUUUUGUUUAUCUUUAAAGGUUCACUACUAACUUCUUCUAACCGUGCUCCGGAGCUUCCGAAAGGGUUUGAGUUUAUCUUGCAGGAAUAUGGUGAUGUCUUUCCAGGAGAAAGUCCAGCUAGCUUGCCACCUUUCAGAGGGAUUGAACACCAAAUAGAUCUGGUUCCAGGCGCUUCUCUUCCAAAUAGACCAGCCUAUAGAACCAACCCAGACGAAACCAAGGAGUUACAAAGGCAGGUUGAUGAGCUGAUGGCUAAAGGACACAUUAGAGAAAGCAUGAGCCCUUGUGCCGUACCUGUACUACUGGUGCCAAAGAAGGAUGGAAGCUGGCGCAUGUGUGUUGACUGCAGAGCCAUCAACAAUAUCACUGUAAAGUACAGACAUCCUAUCCCUAGACUUGAUGAUAUGCUUGAUGAAUUGCAUGGGUCUUGCAUUUUCUCUAAAAUAGAUUUAAAGAGUGGAUAUCAUCAGAUUAGGAUGAGAGAAGGAGAUGAAUGGAAAACUGCUUUUAAAACAAAACAUGGAUUGUAUGAGUGGCUUGUUAUGCCUUUUGGUUUAACUAAUGCUCCUAGCACUUUCAUGAGGCUGAUGAAUCAUGUUUUGAGAGCCUUCAUAGGACACUUUGUGGUAGUUUACUUCGAUGACAUCUUGAUCUACAGCAAAAGUUUGUCUGAGCAUACUGAACAUUUGAGGAUUGUUUUAGAA